AGUUUCAAUUAAAACAUUAUGUAAAGUCAGAGGUCUAAAGUAAUAUUUUGUCAAAAAAAUAUUAAGCAACAGGACAAAGGAAUCUUGACCCUGUCAAUAUUCAUUAAUGUAGAUCAUAUCAAAUUGAUCUUACAUUAAAUAUUGCAUGACCUGCCCUCCGAUAGUGAAACAAGAGUUGACUUUCCCUCAAAGCCAGAACAGAAUUCCAAGAUCGGUCCUUUGCCCAUCAAAACGAGAAAGAAGAGGGUUCUUCCUGCAUCAAGAGAAAGAAGCAAGUCGCAGCAGGAGAAGAAGAGAGUCCCUGGUUUUUCCCCCCCUCCUUGUAGAAGAAAUGAGUCAGAACAUGAUUGCCCUUCUGAUUGGAGCUGUUGGUGCGGUAUUGACUUUAUCUGCAUACUCACAAACCUUCAUAACCCCAACUCAAUGCAUCACAGUUGGCCUGUUCGUCCUCAUGUUUGGUUUGCUCGUACGAGAAGGUCUUAUAUCUAUCUAGUUCCUGAUCCUUUUUGCUUUUCUGGGUUUUACUUUCCGAUUGUCUCAACUUUCUCAAUACUCCCAAAGCCCACUGUGUGUCUUGAUUAUAUGUACUGUUUUUUCGCCUCCUAUUUCAAAUGUGAACCUAAUUCUCUGCAUUUUAUUUAUUAAGAAGUCUCCUUUCAAGGAUAUAUUGGUAAA